AUGAGUGAUGGCUGGGUGCCACCGUGUUAUCCCAAGGAGGAGGACGAUGACUUGAUUGCGUAUGAGGAGCGCAUGAAUGCGCGGAAGAAGGCCACCCUGGUGAAGAGGCAUUUGUGCAUGAAGGAAACCAUGGCUUUUACAUGUUUUUGGUGCCGGGCAUCUGAGGAGGAGCCGCAACUGCAUCAGCUCAGAAAGAGAGAAUUUGCUCAGAAGAGCGAGUAUUCCAUGCUAGCCUAUGCCAUGGGAGAGGGCGAAUAUUCGGGUGAAGGCGAUGACCGAAGCUAUUUCGCGAUUGUCUUCUAUGAGCCCUCCAAGAAAAGCAAGGUGGAAAGAGCCUUCAAAUCCACUGGUUUGGAGCUGGGAGACUACGAGCAGGUGGUCGUGGAUCCAGAUUCCAAGAUGGAACAGGAGGAGAAAUUUAUGUAUGCGCACGGCGCGGGUGAAGUCGGAGAGGUGAUCCUGGGCGAGUUUGAGUAUCAGGUGGUGCGCAAGGGAAGUCCAGAAUACGAUGACCCAUGGGGGCCUUCUCACCCUGAAGGCAGGAGCUGA